AUGAUUCAAGGCAUCUUCUACGCAAGAUUCUUCCCCCAAGAGGGCCCCAAAAUCGUUGCGCAGUCGCCGCCCGGAUGCAUCACUGUCGCGGAAAACUCGACGCGCCCGCCCCUCAUCGACUUUGACGUGCUCCAAGAGUACAUUAUCCCGCGCCAGGCCUUUUGCAACCGCUACAUCACCAUCAACUCGCCCGACGGCAAGUAUACCAUUCUCUGCCACCCCGUCGUCAUUGCGCACACUAAGUAUCUGCGCAAUGAAUUCAUCUUCAACUUUGGCCUCCUCGUCGAGGCCGACGCCGACCACGCCGCCUACGAGCGCGUCGUCCGCUGCCUCGCCGCCACCUUUUCCGAGAUGGAGAAGCAAAACGAGUACCUGAGCCUCGGACAGGACGCCCGGCCCGUCAUGUCCGCGGCCGCGGCGGCUGCGGCGGCUGCGGCAACGACGGGCCACGGUGGCGACGAUGAGGCGGCUGCCGCCCGCCGUCCCAUUGAGAGCCUGCUCGAGAUUAUCAAGGAGGAUCUCAACAACUAUGGCGAGUGCAUGAUCCCAGUCGAUGAAGCCAACACCAUCAACAUGAAGCUCUUUCCCCAUCACGCCACCCCACCUCCUGUCAAGGGCUGGCACGUCCCCGUCGCCAAGACCAAGUUUGCUGACAUUGUCGACCCGACCUGGGAUCUGACUCUGCAGCGCGUCAUCGAAAAGAUUGACGGCGUCUCCGACGUCCGCCGCAUCGCCCACGAGGCCUCCGUCUCCCUCGAGCUCGCCAAGACGGCCCUUCGCCACCUUCUCUACUACGACACCAUCCUGCUCCUCGACAUUUUCUUCUUUGGGUCCUGCUACGCGCCCCGCCCCGGCAUUCACGACUUUGUCGCAAACGUCGACGGCAUGGUCGACGAGUGCGCUGGCUACGUCUCCCACGGCCCCGCCCGCGUCGGCAAUUUCAUGCUCAUCAAGCUCAUGCUGUCCUUUAGCCCCGGCAAGAGCAUCAAGGAGUGGCUCGUCGCCCAUCAGGAUGCCGGUUUCGACGUGAUAAAAUACGUCGAUAUUCGCCGCUUCGUCCAGUUUGGCGUCAUCAAGGGCUGCCUCUACCGCGUCCACAAGUACGUCGUCUCCAAGCAGUACAUUGCCGCCCUGGCCACCGGCCAGGCCCGGCCCGUUGAUGGCGACGAUGCCGCCGAUCCGUUGCAGAAAUACACAGACGGCUGUCACCACUUUGAUCAGAUUAUAACGGAGCGUAAUUUGACCAAUGACGAGGUCAUUGAUAAGCUGAAGCAGCUUCCCGUACCAAAGGGUGACUUGGCCGUUUUCUACAGAUGA